ACGUAACCACCACCACCACCACAUCGGAAACCACCCUCUCCGGCACACGCCACAACCAGCUGCGGAACGCUGUCGAAGCCACGUAGUGCGAUAUUCGGAUGUGAAACAAAAGCUUUGGGCGAUGCUAACCUCGACGCUAGAUUACCUUUCGCCUUUUUGUAGCCUAGCCCAGCUAGAGAUCCUGUGCAAACAGCUGUACGAGAGCACGGACACCGCCACCCGGCUCCAGGCCGAGAAGGCCCUGGUGGAGUUCACCAACAGCCCCGACUGCCUCAGCAAAUGCCAGCUGCUCCUGGAGAGAGGAAGCUCGUCAUACUCUCAGCUGCUAGCCGCCACAUGUCUUUCCAAACUGGUGUCGCGCACCAGCAGCCCCCUGCCCCUGGAGCAGCGCAUCGACAUCCGGAACUACGUGCUGAACUACCUGGCGACCCGGCCCAAGCUGGUCGCCUUCGUGACGCAGGCGCUGAUCCAGCUGUACGCCCGCAUCACCAAGCUGGGCUGGUUCGACUGCCAGAAGGAGGACUACGUCUUCCGGAACGUCAUCGCCGACGUCACCAGGUUCUUGCAGGACAGUGUUGAGCACUGUAUCAUUGGCGUUACGAUCCUCUCCCAGCUGACCAAUGAGAUUAACCAAGUAAGUUCCUCAGCGCUCCUGUCCAGUGCAGACACGACGCAUCCACUGACGAAGCACAGGAAGAUUGCGUCAUCUUUUAGAGACGCCUCUCUCUUCGAUAUCUUCACCCUCUCCUGCAACCUGCUCAAACAGGCCUCGGGGAAGAACCUGAACCUGAACGAUGAGAGUCAGCAUGGCCUGCUCAUGCAGCUGCUCAAGUUGGCCCACAACUGCCUCAACUUCGACUUCAUCGGCACCUCCACCGACGAGUCCUCUGAUGACCUGUGCACCGUGCAGAUCCCCACCAGCUGGAGAUCCGCCUUCUUGGACUCUUCCACCCUGCAGCUGUUUUUCGACUUGUAUCAUUCCAUCCCUCCAUCCCUCUCUCCGCUGGUCUUAUCCUGUUUAGUGCAAAUCGCGUCUGUCCGAAGAUCGCUGUUCAACAACGCGGAGCGGGCGAAGUUUCUCUCGCACCUCGUGGACGGGGUGAAGAGGAUAUUGGAGAACCCGCAGAGUUUAUCGGACCCAAACAACUACCACGAGUUCUGCCGACUUCUGGCGAGACUGAAGAGCAACUACCAGCUGGGAGAACUGGUCAAAGUGGAGAAUUACCCGGAGGUCAUACGGUUGAUAGCUAACUUUACCGUGACUAGCUUACAGCACUGGGAGUUCGCCCCCAACAGCGUGCACUACUUGCUGAGCCUGUGGCAGCGGCUGGCCGCGUCCGUCCCCUACGUGAAGGCCACCGAGCCGCACCUGCUGGAGACCUACACCCCCGAGGUCACCAAGGCCUACGUCACCUCCCGCCUGGAGUCCGUGCACAUCAUCCUCAGAGACGGGCUGGAGGACCCUCUGGACGACACGGGGCUGGUGCAGCAGCAGCUGGACCAGCUGUCCACCAUCGGGCGGUGCGAGUACGAGAAGACCUGCGCCCUGCUGGUGCAGCUGUUCGACCAGUCGGCCCAGUCCUACCAGGAGCUGCUGCAGUCCACCAACUCCAGCGCCAUGGACAUCGCCGUGCAGGAGGGGCGCUUGACGUGGCUGGUGUAUAUCAUCGGAGCGGUGAUCGGAGGCCGGGUGUCCUUCGCCAGCACGGACGAGCAGGACGCCAUGGACGGAGAGCUAGUGUGUCGGGUGCUGCAGCUGAUGAACCUGACGGACUCGCGGCUGGCCCAGGCGGGGAACGAGAAGCUGGAGCUGGCCAUGCUCAGCUUCUUCGAGCAGUUCCGAAAGAUCUACAUCGGAGACCAGGUGCAGAAAUCCUCCAAGCUUUACCGGCGCCUGUCUGAGGUCCUGGGACUGAACGACGAGACCAUGGUGCUCAGCGUCUUCAUUGGGAAGAUAAUCACCAAUCUGAAGUACUGGGGUCAGUGCGAACCCAUCACCUCUAAAACACUUCAGCUCCUCAACGACCUCUCCAUCGGUUACAGCAGCGUGAGAAAGCUGGUGAAACUCAGCGCUGUUCAGUUUAUGCUCAACAACCACACAAGCGAACACUUCUCCUUCUUGGGCGUGAACAACCAGUCCAACCUGAGCGACAUGAGGUGUCGAACCACCUUCUACACGGCCCUGGGGCGCCUCCUCAUGGUGGACCUGGGGGAAGACGAGGACCAGUUUGAGCAGUUCAUGCUGCCCCUCACGGCGGCGUUCGAAGCCGUGGCGCAGAUGUUCAGCACCAACACCUUCAACGAGCAGGAAGCAAAAAGGACUUUGGUGGGUUUGGUGAGGGACCUCAGAGGCAUCGCCUUCGCCUUCAACGCCAAGACCAGCUUCAUGAUGCUGUUCGACUGGAUUUACCCAUCCUACAUGCCCAUCCUGCAGCGAGCCAUCGAGCUGUGGUACCACGUGCCCGCCUGCACCACGCCUGUCCUUAAACUGAUGGCUGAGCUCGUCCAUAACAGGUCACAGCGGUUGCAGUUUGACGUGUCGUCGCCCAAUGGAAUCCUGCUUUUCAGGGAGACCAGCAAGAUGAUAACCACGUACGGUAACCGCAUCCUGACGCUGGGGGAGGUGCCCAAGGACCAGGUGUACGCGCUGAAGCUGAAGGGCGUGUCCAUCUGCUUCUCCAUGCUGAAGGCCGUGCUGAGCGGGAACUACGUCAACUUCGGCGUCUUCCGCCUGUACGGCGACGACGCACUGGACAACGCCCUGCAGACCUUCAUCAAGCUCCUCCUCUCCGUCCCCCACAGCGACCUGCUGGACUACCCCAAGCUCAGCCAGUCCUAUUACUCGCUGCUGGAGGUCCUGACCCAGGACCACAUGACCUUCAUCGCCAGCCUGGAGCCGCACGUCAUCAUGUACAUCCUGUCGUCCAUCUCCGAGGGGCUCACGGCGCUGGGUAGGACUCAGUCAGUCAGCGUGCUCUACACCAUGGUGUGCACGGGCUGCUGCUCCAGUCUGGACCACAUCGUGACGUACCUGUUCAAGCAGCUCUCGCGCAGCACCAAGAAGCGCGCGGCGGCCCUGGCCCAGGAGAGCGACCGCUUCCUGCACAUCAUGCAGCAGCACCCCGAGAUGAUCCAGCAGAUGCUGUCCACGGUCCUCAACAUUAUCAUUUUUGAAGACUGCCGAAAUCAGUGGUCCAUGUCACGGCCUCUCCUGGGCCUGAUCCUGCUGAACGAGAAGUACUUUGCGGAUCUGCGGAGCAGCAUCGUGAACAGCCAGCCGCCCGAGAAGCAGCAGGCCAUGCACCUGUGCUUUGAGAACCUGAUGGAGGGCAUCGAGCGCAACUUGCUAACGAAAAACCGGGACAGGUUUACGCAGAACCUCUCGGUGUUCCGGAGGGAGGUGAACGACUCCAUGAAGAACUCCACCUACGGGGUCAACAGCAACGAAAUGAUGAGCUGACAUUCCACGCCCCGCCCCCCUCCACAGCCCCGCCCUCCCUAGGCCAGGACGUCAGGGGACCACCGCCACCGCCGCGCGCGCACCCGAAAACCGACCCCGAAAUCCCGUCCCCUUUGACUUCCCCCUUCCCGUGUGAAUUUAUCUUUAAAGCCAGUUUCCAAGGGUCACUGUUUUUGACCAAACUCUGAGAAUUGGGGCUCAAAGUCCAAAGAAUGAAUUAUAGACUUUUUGGGAGGGUGGUUCUUUUGGGGG